CUAGCAGAGCCCCUUCCCAGUUAGUUCUUGCUGCGGAACGAUACAGAGAAGAUACUUUGAGCAAGGAACACCUUUCAAGGUAACAACAGGUAGUCCCUUGUGGGCGGGGCUAACUAACAUAAAUAUCAAUAGGAGACCGCAGGUCCCUAUCCAUUGCCUGUGUUACUGGGGCAAACAAGGACCUAGAGACAGUCGCUGAGCAGAAGACAAGGCUGGAGCAGGGAGCAGUCUGAUUCUACAGCUCCAUCUACUGAGCCCACCUUGCUCUCCCCCUUCUGCAGGUGUACCUAAGAGAGCAUUGCCAUGGAUCCGGUCUCUGUACUUCUGUCUGUUGUCAUUUGUAUUUUCCUAUAUAAAGUCUUCUAUGGCGGGAAAGAAACAUCCAAGAACUUCCCUCCUGGGCCCAAACCAUUACCCCUCAUUGGGAAUCUGCACAUAAUGAAUAUGAAGAAACCCCAUCUAACAUUUAUGGAGCUGGCUGAGAAGUACGGCUCAGUAUUCAGCUUUGAGUUUGGCCUGAGGAAGACGGUUGUGCUUUGCGGCACCGACACAGUGAGAGAUGCUCUUAUCAACCAUGCCGAGGAGUUUUCAGAGAGGGCCAGAAUUCCCGUUUUUGAAGAUAUCACUAAAGGACAUGGUAUUGUUUUUGCUCAUGGAGAGAACUGGAAAGUGAUGAGAAGAUUCACUCUUUCUACACUAAGAGACUUUGGGAUGGGGAAGAAAACUAUAGAAGACAAGAUUUGUGAAGAAAGUGACUGUUUAGUGGAAAUAUUUAAGUCCUAUAAUGGGAAGCCGUUUGAUAACACCUUGAUACUGAAUUCUGCUGUAGCCAACAUCAUUGUGACCAUACUCCUUGGGGAUCGCUUUGAUUAUAAGGAUCCAACAAUGCUGAAACUUGUCAAAGUAGUCAAUCAAAAUAUCAGGAUUACUGGUGGUUUAAUGGCCAGGCUGUAUAACAUAUACCCAAGUAUUAUGCGGUGGAUUCCCGGCAGUCACCAAACUGUUUCUAAAAACAUGGCAAAAGUAUUCAAAUUUCUUAACGAGACAUUUACUGAGCACCGAAAACAACUGGACGUGAAUGACCAGAGGGAUCUCAUUGAUGCGUUCCUUGUCAAGCAACGAGAGGAGAAACUUUCUGCUAAAACGUUUUUUCACAAUGAUAACCUGACAGUCCUUGUAACCAAUUUAUUUGGUGCCGGAAUGGAGACGACUUCUACCACCCUUCGAUGGGGCCUCCUGUUAAUGAUGAAAUAUCCAGUAAUCCAGAAAAAAGUCCAAAAAGAAAUCGAUCAAGUGAUUGGCUCAGCCCAACCUCGCCUUGAGCACAGGAAACAAAUGCCCUAUACUGAUGCCGUUAUCCAUGAGAUUCAGAGAUUUGCCAACAUCGCACCUAUUAACAUUCCCCAUGAGACAACUCAGGACGUCACAUUCAGGGGCUACUUUAUUCCAAAGGGAACCCAAGUGAUUCCAGUGCUGACAUCUGUUCUGCAAGAUAAAGCUUAUUUCAAAAAACCAGAAGAAUUUUACCCGGAACAUUUCCUUGACUCAGAAGGAAAAUUUGUAAAAAAUGAGGCCUUCCUUCCCUUCUCAGCAGGUAAAAGAAGCUGUGCUGGAGAGACGUUGGCCAAGAUGGAACUCUUCUUGUUCUUCACAAAGUUACUGCAGAACUUCACAUUCCAACCCCCUCCUGGAGUUGAGGUCCAACUGACCUGUGGAGUUGCCUUGACAUCCAUACCUGCGGACCAUAAGAUCUGUGCUUUGCCUCUGAGCUAGAACAAAAAUGUACAUAAUAGCUAUAAAAUAAAGCUGCUAUGUAAAAAAGAACUAAGAACAAGGGUCCAACAAGCUCAUUGUUCUUGUUCUUGCGGGCACCAUAUUGAAAAACAGUUUAGCACCAUUCGUUUUUGUUUUUUUACUGUUGUGCGUAAAUAUAUUUUUCUAUAUUUUAGUGGUGCCACUUUUACAAGUUUCUCUGAUUCAUAGCUGUAAAUAUGCCACUGAAAAUCUAGUCAAAGAAUGAACCAAUGUUAUUAGAAUAAAGAAAGUACAUCCA